AUGGCCGAGCGGUCUAAGGCGCCAGAGGAAAUGUUGCGGUGGGAUACCGAAAACGAAGCAAGUUGCCCGCCCAACCCGGAGCCGGUUGCUUUUAAGAAUAGUCAUAUACUUCAUCGCUGGCGUCACUCGAGGAGCAUCGACGAGGGUUUUGACGAUUCAGCGGUUACUGUUAUAAAGGCCGACUGGCGUGCUUCGAACCUACAAGAGCUCUGGGAGGAUGUCAGAGGGAUCAAAACUAUCGAGUUUGGGAAUAUUGAGCAUAUGAGACGAACUGUGGAGGUGGCCGUGAAUGACGAUACUCCCUUGAAGAAAGUAUGUCAAGCUUGGUUGGAUGUUCAGAUCGAGUUGAGUGAAGGCUUUCAAGUUGACGCAAGAGGUGACGUUGUGAUGGGCAGUCUCAUGGGCCUAGACCUGUUCAAGGAUCGCCUCGAAUUCGUGUCGCAUAAAUUCACGUUUGAUCUUCCAAGCUUUGGCUUUAGCGAAACCGUAAAAUGCAGCGGUGCAUCUGUCGACCAUAAAGACCGCCAGUUAUACCGUGCGCCUAUGAUGGUUUUCCUAGAUGUUUCAGGCAGGUCUGAGCGGGAGAUCGAAGAGUUAGAGUUUGCCAUUCUCCUCCUGCAGAUGACGACCCGCUUCGAGCAGAGUGAAGAGGAAGAGACCAAUCUCAGCGCCUGGGCCAUUCUCUUCAACGGGUUGGAUUACUCCUUCUCCCACGCCAUGACAACACGCAAUUACCUGGACCAGCUCCGCGAGAGACUGCCAACGAAUGAAAAGAUCAAAAUCGAGAAAAACUAA